GCAAACCGCGUCGGCAACCUGGCCUUCAUUCACGCCCACCGCCAAACAUAGCGCCUAUUUUAAUCUAAUUCCUGUGCCAUAGAACUUUGUUGAUCGCGCGACACGUCUUAUAUGAUUUCUAGUGUCUUGGGUGCGGAAAGUCAGCCAUUAUGUCGGACAAGGAUAAGUUGGCCAAGUAUCGGACGGAGAUCCAACAGAUGAUGUUCGUCUCUGGUGAGACUGGCGAGCCCUCACCCGAAACAACCACCUUGAUCGAGUCGAUCGUACAAGACCAAGUACAACACAUGUUGCGUGAAUGCACCGCCCUCGCCACCCGCCGUGGUUCAAAAUCCAUCUCUACCGACGACCUAUUCAUGCUUAUCCGGCACGACCGCGCCAAAAUCUCGCGUCUCCGCCACUUCCUCCAGUGGAAAGACGUCCGACGCUCCGUCAAAGACUCCGACGACAAAGGCGGCGAUGCAGGCGCCGACGUCGGAGCCGGAGACGCAGACAUAGCCGUUGGCGUAGUAGGCGCAGGCGGACCCGGUGCCGCACCCGUCGACGCCUCCAAGAAAGCCAAGCGAGCCAAAGUCGAUCUCGUCUGGGACGUUCAAUCCUUCUUUACCGAGUUCCCCCCGCAAAAAGACGACGUGGAAGACGAGGAAGAAGAGGAAAUGAACUACGCGACCCUGCAGCGCCUUAAGAAUGCAGACGAGCGCACAAAGAACAUGACACGUGAGGAAUACGUGCACUGGUCUGACUGCCGUCAAGCAUCCUUUACCUACCGCAAGAGCAAGCGCUUCAAAGAAUGGGCCGGCUUCGGCCUCAUCACCGAUUCCAAACCCUCUGACGACAUCAUCGAUAUCCUAGGUUUCUUGACGUUUGAGAUUGUCCAGACGCUUACCGAGGAGGCGCUCAAGGUCAAGGAUGCAGAGGAUUUGUACAAGAAGAAUCACGGUGGCGAGCAGAACCGCCUUAAGAGGAAGCGGGAACGAGGCUUGUUUGAUCCGCCAGAGGAGGCUAGGGAACCGGUACAGCCGAGUCAUGUGCAAGAGGCAUAUAGGAGGCUCCAGAGGGGCAACAACAAGGCCAAGGCUAUGCUCAACUUUACACGGGCUGUGCAUAGAAGCGCUCUGAAAUUGAUCUAAACACGAGGCAACAUGUGGGAGUUGGGAGUCGACAUGGCGUUUACAUUGGGCGUUAGAGAUUCAUUAAUACCCUGUGCAGGCAAUAGGCGUGUAUUGUAUUACUUGUGAAAGAAGCACUCGGAAAACUUUGUAAUCGAUCAAUCUUAUUACUGUCACUUGCUUUGCCUGACCAGUAGCAUUCAUUGCGCACAUAUAGCAAUG